AUGGAAAAAACCAUUAGUGGCACGCCGACAGAAAUAAUGUCAAAACUGAUAUGGGAAGAGUCUAGUUUGAUGAAGUUGGCUAGGCCGAUCACGAUGGUUGUCAACACGAUGACCGCGAUAACCACUGACAGAUCUGGCAAAGAAUCGGACGACAAACGGCCACCGACAGAGAAUAAUGACGAUUGGGAGAACUCGGAGGGAGAAUACCAGGAUAAAUUAAUAAUCAUGGUCGACAAAGCAACGCUGAUGCCGAGUCAGACUAUAGACUCUGGUGUGGUGGAAACUUCCCGACGGUCGACUAGGAACUCCGAUGGUCCAUCCGGUGCAUCAAAAACUCAUCGGCGUUUGAGCUGGGACCCCGACGGUCCGUCCGGUGUGCCAGAAUCUUCUCGUCGUGCGAACAAGGAAUCCGAAAAAACGGCGAUUUUCUUGAAAACUUCACGACGUCUGACCGGGGACUCCAGUCAGGAAAAUUCAUCUGCAAAACGACCGACACAUAAUAAUUCCUGCCCGUCCCGAGUAAGAAUACUGGAGAAACUGGUAUGCGAGAAUAACGAGCCAGCGGUACCCAUCACACAUAUGAUCGAGUGCGCCGAAAAUCUGAUGGCCGUUCUAGAACAGCUUAGGCUCGACUUACCGUCCACGAAUGAGAAUUGUGACGCUGUGUUCGAUCUGAUUAAUAAGGUACAGUGGUUACUCAAGGACCUUGGUCAGACGUCCGGGUCGUCGGAUCAGUCUCGAAUACUGAUGGAAAACUACGACAAUUACCGGAAGGCGUACUACGCUCUUCAAAACCACUUGGCCCAUAUUGAACAGCUGACCGAUCAGUGCGGUAUUACCAGGCGACCGCGAGAGGUCAACGCAGAGAAAGCAAUAGUGAGGCUUCCGGAAGAAGGAAGUAGUGGCAAGAAUGAGAAUUCGGGCGAUAUCUGCUGCGUCGUCAUGCUGGAAAACGCUAAGAGCAAUAGGAAUUUCAAAGGACUGUGUAAGUGUCCGGGCCUGCUGGAUCUGACCUAUAGCAAUAAGAACAAAGACGUGAAAGUCCCCGUCAAAUCAACAAGACCUGUCAAAGACGACGCGAAAAUAUUCGAUUGGAAGUCUCUUAUCAGAACUGUGUGCAAUUUAUGUUUCCCGUGCAAAUUAUUCUGUCCGAUGAAAUGA